AUGAGCUCGCCCGACGAAGUUCCCUUGUCCGACAAUGGCGCGCUGGCCAAGGAACUCAAUGCACUGGUGGAGAGCACCAACUUCGACGACAAGAUCUGCCUCGAGGACUUCACACUUAUCCGCGUGAUUGGUAAGGGCUCUUUCGGCAAGGUCACACUUGUCCGCAAGAAGAACAACAGCAAAGUCUUCGCCAUGAAGAUCCUUACCAAGUCCCACCUGCUCAAGCGCAAGCAGGUAGAGCACACGAAGACCGAGCGCCGCGUGCUCAGUGUGGCCAGUCACCCGUUCAUCGUGGGCCUGCACUACGCCUUCCAGACUGAGGCCAAGCUCUACUUCGUGCUCGAUUAUUGUCCCGGUGGAGAGCUCUUCUUCCACCUCUCACGCAUGGGCAAAUUUGACGAGGAGAUGGCACGCUUCUACGCCGCAGAACUGGUGGUUGCUCUUGAGCACCUGCACUCCCUGGGAGUUGUCUAUCGCGACCUCAAGCCCGAAAAUAUCUUGCUGGACGAGAUGGGCCACAUCAAGCUGGCGGACUUUGGACUGGCCAAGGACGAGGUUACCGAGAUCGAUAGCGGGGCCACGUCACUGUGCGGUACGCCCGAGUACUUGGCGCCGGAGGUAUUGGCGCGCAAGGGUCAUGGCACGGCUGUGGACUGGUGGGGACUCGGUAUGGUACUGUACGAGAUGCUGACGGGUCUGCCUCCUUGGUACACACGCAACCGGCAAGAGCUGUUCGCUCGCAUUCGUGAAGCCCCGUUGGAGAUCCCGAACUACCUGAGUCGCGAUGCGGCUUCACUCAUUCAGUCGUUGUUGCACCGUGAACCCGAGAAACGUCUGGGCAGCCGCGGUGCUAGCGACGUGAAGGUACACCGAUUCUUCCGCUCUGUGGACUGGGACGGCCUACUUUGGGCCGAACCGCCCUUCAAGCCGUCAGACCCGCAGUCCAAGGAGGAAGGAGACACAUCUAACUUCGACAAGGAGUUCACAGAACUGCCCGUUAGCGGCACACCGCUGAGCAAAUCGGCCGGUGGCUCGGGGUUGCCAAAGAGCAUGUUCACAGGCUUUACAUACGAGGCGCCGACGCUGUCGUAUGGUUCCAACACAUCCCAAUCGAAGGUCGAUGUGUCUUCCACCCCGUAUAUUUAG